UAGAUUAAUGAAAUAGGAAAUUUUAGUUAUUGAUCUUGAAAUAACCUAAUAUUCUCUGUUACAUUUUAGACAUGAAAUCACAACUAGUUUAUUUUAUGUUAAUUGGAGUGGCUGUUUUAGCCCAAACAUCUUGGGCCUUAAAAGAAGAAGACUGUGAAGUUUGCAUUAAAACUAUCAGACGUUUUGCUGAAUCUUUAAAUGAUGCCACCAAAAAAGAUUACAAAUUGAUCGAAACAGAAUUCAAAAAAUUCUGUAAGACUCAAAAGAAUAAGGAACAAAGAUUUUGUUACUACUUGGGCGGCUUGGAAGAAUCUGCCACUGGCAUUUUGAAUGAAAUGUCUAAGCCAUUGAGUUGGUCUAUGCCUGCCGAUAAAGUUUGUGAGAAAUUGAAGAAGAAGGAUGCUCAAAUUUGUGAUUUACGUUAUGAGAAACAAAUUGACUUGAAUGCCGUCGAUUUGAAAAAGCUCAAAGUACGUGACCUGAAGAAAAUUCUCAACGACUGGGAUGAAGAAUGUGACGGUUGUUUGGAAAAGACCGAUUUCAUUAAAAGAAUAGAAGAACUGAAACCCAAAUAUGUUAAAACUGAAUUAUAAGAUUUAAUCAUACAAAAAAAAAACUCAUAAAUCACAAUAUAAAAAGACUUGAAUUAGUUAAAUAAAAACAAACAAAAAACACAUCCAUACACAACCAACAAUUAUUUUGUUGUAUCUCUCAAGAUGCAGUUAUUUAUAAAAUUUUUAUGUUGCAUUUAAGUUAAUUAAUUAUUGGUUUCAAUAACGUUAGUGUCCAAUUUAAAACAAAAGAAAACCCUAUAUUUUCUAAUUAAAUAAAACACACAACACAUCACUAAAAAACAAAAA